AUGCCUAAACCCUUCUUAAUAUCUCGCUCAUGCCCACCGCGAGCUGCAUCUCUACUACCGCGACGGCCACUCCCGCCUCAACGUCACAGACUCAGACAAGCAAACCAAACCGUCCUUUAUACGGUCCAUCGCGCCUCUUCCAAACCCCAUCUGACAAUCUUCCGAGCGCCCACUCCCCACGCUGGCGGCUUCAUCAUUGGCAAGGUCUCCCCUCACACCUUCUCUUCCGCCAUCGACCUCGACAUACCAGGACCGCCACUUGUGAUGCAGAAGCCGAGCAAGCUGACAAGCAAUUACGAGGUUUACGGCAACAACAUAAACUGGCGAUGGGAGCGAGAUGGGGCGCUGACAAGCAACAUCCGACUCGUGGACCGCAUGGGCGGUGGGGUGCUGGCGAGGUUUGAAAAUGCGACCUUCUCUGUUACGAAGCAAGGCACGUUGACCCUUUCAGGGACGCCGAUGUGGGACAUGCUAGAUGCGAUUAUUAUCACGGGACUGGCCAAGAUCGAGCACCAGAAGGAGAGUUCUGCGCAGUCCAGUGUUGCGGCCGCCUCUCCAGGCCACUAG